UAUUUAUUGUGGAAUUUAAUUUUUGUUUUUUCUUCUAGUAUUGAAAACCGGUGCAUCAGGCAUGAUAGCCUACAGAUUUCAAACGAAGGACGGUGGAUGGCAGUGGCUGCAGACCAGCUCCAGACUGGUCUACAAAAACUCGAAACCAGACUUCGUGCUCAGUACUCAUCGACCUCUCAUGGAGAAGGAAGGUAGAGACCUGCUCGGCAAACGAUGGACUUUAAGGUGAGCUAUUUGGACGCCGGAUUGACCAACAGCUACUUUUCUGACAGCGAUACUCUGACAAACAGCGCCCCAAAGAGUGAACAAGCGAUACAAGACGCAGAUGCGGGACUUCUUCUCAACGUGCCGCAGCAAGCGUCUUAAACUUUCCACUCAGGUCGGUCUCGCCGUCAGUGACUCCGUAAAAAAUAAAGUUAAAGAGAGCGGUAUAUAUUUAGAGAUUCUUUUCCAUACUUUUUUCGAAUCAUCGCAUUAUUUAUUAACUAUAAUGUGUAAGACAUAUCAGGCGCGUUGAACUAACGCUCCCCGAAAUGUUAAGAAUAAUAAGCAAAUAAUUCCGUUUCUUACGCGUUUUUCUUCUUAACGCGUCAUACACUUUAUAUGUUCAUACAUACAAGAUAUAUGUGUCUACAUUCUCAACAUAAUCGAAGUAUCGGAUGCAAAGAUUAGGCAAGUACUAUAUUCAAUGAAUAAAUUGCAUGAAUUACUGUCCUCUGAUAAUACACUAGUCGCACAUUUUGAAAUAAUAAUUAACUUAAUGAAUAAAAUGUAUUGAAAAAAAACACAUAGAAGAGUGCAAAAGCUACAUUACUUUUUUUUCUAACUGAAAAAGUAAAAAUAAAAUUUCAAAAUGUCUCAGAUAUUUUGUUGCAUUCUUUCAACCAAGUUAGACUCUGAUACGCGAUAUUUGUAUCCUGAUCUUUGAUUAUCUUCAAGCCCCCCUCUACUUUGAUUGACUUUGUAACUAAACGCUGCUCAAGAUAACGUCGAAACUUAUUAGUAUCAGAUAUAUCCUUGCCUUGCAAAUCACGCGUAAAUUAUGCGUGAAAUAUUUAUAGAAUGAUAGUCUCGAAAACUAGAUUGUACUGUAAAAAAAUUUGUUUGAUACAAACAUCGCUGCUUUUCAGUAUUAAACUUUAAUUUGCUAAAGUCCCGAUGUCUUCUUCAUGUAUUUGUAUAUUUCUGCGAAAUACACUAUAAUUUUUAAGAUGUAUUUUUUUUAAGAGUUA